AUGAGUCGAAAUAACAACUCCAGAAAAGAUAAUCGCAGAGUCCCCGUGCCCUGGGACGAGUGUAGGGACGAGUGUAGGGACGAGUGUAGAGAAGAGUGUAUGGAAGGGUGUAAAGAGUGUAUGGAAGAGUGUAUGGAAGGGUGUAGGGAAGAGUGUAGGGAAGAGUGCAUGGAAGAGUGCAUGGAAGAGUAUUGGGAAGAGUAUUGGGAACAGGAAGAAUACUGGGAAGGGCGUCGCCGGGAGGUGGGUAGAUUCUGGCCGUCGGAGGGGCUCAUUCAGAAGGAUCAGUCCGCCAGUCCAAGACGUGAUACCGUAUCGGCUAAGCCAAAAUCACCUCAGUCCCGCAUAGAUGACAGAGACCAUGGUAUGCGGCUCGUACACUUCGAUCGUCACCGAUACAGUACAACAACACGGGCAUCUAGGGACUUGCAAAAAAUGCUUGGAGAUAUGCCGGGAUACCACGGAGAUUACAUCCUCGGUCUAUGA